AUGACCCGGUUUGGACCAGACGUUCGUCCUCCUGACUCAAAGAGGUUGGGUGCUGCGACAACAAUUAAAAAAGGGCCAUGUCAAUGGGCGCGACUAUUUCCAUGGAAAGGGCGACACAAGGCGUCGUCUUCUCCAAAGGAAAUUUCAUCAACGACGGAUGUUCCAAGUGCAUCCACAAAUGCUGGACCAGAAGUAGAGAACCCAAACCCGCGCGAUCAAGCAGCGAUUCCAUCUAAGGGUUUAGCGUCGCGAGAAACGCCGUCAUCUGGGCCGGCCAAGGAGACUUCAACAACACGAGGUGCUCCAAGUCCAAAGGAAUCAACCAAUGCUGCUGGACCAGCAGCUGCUGCAGCAGUGGAGAACCCAAACCCUCGCGAUCAAGUGGCGAUUCUAAUUGAGGAUAAGAUGCGAAGAACGCCGCCGUUUUCGCCAGAUUGUGCUAUUUACCAAGUCCCCGAGAGAUUUCGCAAUGGAAAUGAACAACACUACAAACCCCGGGUGGUCCCAAUCGGACCCUAUCACUCCUACCACGGAAGUUUCCCACAAAUGCAAAGCUAUAAGCUCAAAUACAUAGAGGCCUUCACCAGCCGAAACGAGCUCGGAUUCAUAGACCAAUGCCUUGGCUUUGUGAGAAGUUGCGAGAUAAAAGCCAGGAGAUAUUAUGUCGAGCCCAUUGACCUAAGCAGUGAUGACUUCGCCGAGCUGAUGCUGGUGGACGCAAUUUUUGUCUUGGAGCUUAUGCUCAGGCAUCAGUUUGCCCAAUAUAUAGACGACGGCGAUCGAAUAUAUCAUAAGCCGCGGAUGAUAACAGAUGUUUUCCUUGAUGUCGUGUUGUUGAUCGAGAACCAAAUUCCCUUCUUUCUUCUUGAGGGUUUGUAUGACCUUGUUGAUAGCAGCUACAAAGGAAAUCUCAGCUUCUUUGUGGAUCUUACGCAUGAGUUCUUGAAGGGUUACGUCAAAAUCGAUGAGUUUGGUGCUGAUCAUGCACCUGUGCCUCAAGUUAACCAUGGAUCAUCCUAG